AUGAGACGGAGAACUCGGAGAAGCCUCGUGAACAUAUGCUUCUUCGCCAUCGCUUUGUUUCUUAUCGUGUACCUUAACCGUCAUCAACCGAACAACAAAACCUACGCAUGGACUACAAUUCGCUACAGGACUACUUCUACCACGCUACCCAAGACUCGCGGCAUCUGUCCCGGCCUGGCAGGGAGUUCGAAGCCGGCACUAGUCGUGUCGCGAGUUGCAGCCGACGGCGACUCCAAUUGGCUCGAUGCGCUGGCUAAUUUAUAUCAUCUAUGCGUUUACACUGCCGACGCACCGGCCGACAUACACAAGACGCAUUUGCAAGUCCCCGCAAACCGCGGGCAUGAGGCAAUGGCGUAUCUAACGUUUCUAAUCGACAACUACGCAGACAUCCCUGCAGCCGGUGCAGUAUUCGUACAUGGCGCGCGCUGGGCUUGGCAUAACGAUGCCCUUGACUACGACAACGCAGCUCUACUCAUCGCUCUCAAUGUUUCUGCGGCGCUCGCGCCGUCGGGCUACCAUAAUCUGCGUUGCGACUGGAGCGCCAGCAUGUGCUCGUCCUCUUCGGCGCCGCCGCAGGGCAGCCUGGAGACAGUUCUGAGCGCUAUGCUGGAGCCGUGGAACGCCCGCGCGACAUCUGAUGCAGCGCUGCCGCGCGCUUUUGCGGCUCUGUUCGGUGGUGAUGGGUCUGCUGCGGGUUUGGGCUCCAUCGCCGAUGAGUACGCCUCGUCCAAAGAUGGUGGGAGACUCCUUCUAGCGUGUCUAGUUCCUUCCAUGUUCUAUGCAUGCGUUCCUUCUACAUCCUUCCAUGCAUAUUCCAUCAUUGUUCCUUUCAUGUAG